AGGAGUUCUAUCUCCUCAAGCACCGCCAGGGCUUCCGCUUUGGGACUCGAAGGGCUAGCGUCCGUGCAACAGGAGUUCAGUCUCCAUAGGACUCGCUGGAAUUUGGGCUUCAGGACAACCUGGGGCUAUGUCCAUGCUGACAGGACCUGGGUUUGCUCAGGAUCCGCCCAGAGAGGCACGGCCAGGAGUAAAAGUAUUCCCUUGAAGCCACUUGAGCUGCCCAGGAGCUGAAGUCUGGGACCACAUGGCCAAGCUCCAGGGCACAUAGGCUGACUCUAGAAGCUCAGGAUAAGGCUAUGAAACUCCAGGGAGUUGGAGUGUGGAGCUCCAGGGAAACCUAUGAAGACAAAGACCAGAAAGAACCAGAGCCCACUAGGCUUCCCCCUAUUAUCUCAGAAGAUGGGAAUCAUUCCGUGCACCAGAAUAGCCACACAAGGUACCAAGAAGCUGUACGGAAGGUGUUGUUAAAGACAUUCCCCAAUCAGGUCUUCAGAGUCCCCCUGACUGAUGCUCAGAACUUCAGCUUCUGGCGGUCCCACAAUCCAGGAGUGCGCCCAGAGGAAACCAUGCCAUGGAUCCGGAGCCCCUGCCACUGCCUCAUCAAAAGCCCAAUGACCAGGUUUAUGGAUCACUCUAGUCUCAAUGACAGAAACUUCAGUCUGUAUUGAGCAGGAAGUGUUUGCAGAAGGACAAGAUAAACUCUGGAUGGAGGGCAAAGAGGGACAGAGGGAGGUGUCCUGGUUCCAAUGGCUGACUAAUGGGAGGAGGGGAUUGAGAACAUGGAAUAAACAGAUUGCACUAGAA